CGUCCCCGCGGUGGGAAGAAGCCAAUCAGCGGCGGCGGCGGCUCGGGGCGGAGCCCGUCUGGCACCGCCCCUGGCCGCGGGCUGUGGGCGGAAGCAGGAAGCGGGCGGAGGGCGGCGGCGGCGCCAUGGGGGCCGUGCUGGGGGUCUGCUCGCUGGCCAGCUGGAUUCCCUGUCUGUGCAGCGGUGCCUCGUGUUUGCUGUGCCGAUGUUGCCCCAACAGCAAGAAUUCGACAGUGACACGACUUAUCUAUGCCUUCCUCCUCCUCCUCAGUACUGCGCUUGCCUGCAUUAUGCUGGCACCAGGCAUGGAAGAGCAGCUGAAAAAGAUACCUGGAUUUUGUGACGAUGGGCUUCACACUCAGAUCCCCCACUUGGAGGGCUUUGUCAGCUGUGAUGUGUUUGUGGGGUACAGAGCUGUCUAUCGUGUCAGCUUUGCCAUGGCCGUGUUCUUCUUCCUCCUCUCCCUGCUCAUGAUAGAAGUGAAAACAAGCAAUGACCCGAGAGCUUCCAUACACAAUGGGUUCUGGUUCUUCAAAAUAGCUGCCAUCGUGGCUAUCAUGGUUGGAGCAUUUUAUAUCCCUGAAGGGCCUUUCACAAGAGCUUGGUUUUGGAUUGGUGUUUCUGGAGCCUUCUGCUUCAUUCUUAUCCAGUUGGUUCUACUUGUGGAUUUUGCUCACUCUUGGAAUGAGAGCUGGGUUGAGAAAAUGGAAGAGGGGAAUUCCAAAUGCUGGUAUGCAGCUCUGUUGUCCUGUACAAGCUUGUUCUAUGCCUUGUCCCUGGUUUUUGUCAUUCUCUUCUACGUUUUCUACACGAAGCCUGAUGACUGCACUGAGAACAAGUUCUUCAUAAGCUUUAACAUGAUCCUGUGCAUUACUGUCUCCAUUGUUUCUAUCCUUCCAAAAGUUCAGGAACAUCAGCCUCGCUCUGGCCUCCUCCAGUCCUCUGUCAUCACACUCUACACCAUGUACCUCACUUGGGCAGCCAUGUCCAAUGAGCCUGAAAGAACCUGUAACCCAAGUCUGCUGAACAUCAUCACCCAGAUAGCUGCACCCACAGCUGUUCCAGCCAAUGCCACUGUCCCACCUGCCACUCCUGCUCCACCCAAGUCCCUGCAGUGGUGGGAUGCCCAGAGUGUUGUUGGACUGGUUAUCUUUGUCCUGUGCCUCUUGUAUUCCAGCAUCCGCUCCUCAAGUAACAGCCAGGUGAACAAGCUGACCCUGUCUGGCAGUGACACUGCUAUCCUGGAGGACACUGUGGGGACAGGCAGUGGCACAGCCGAGGAGGGUGAGGUGCGCCGUGUCACGGACAACGAGAAGGAUGGUGUCCAGUACAGCUACACUUUCUUCCACUUCAUGCUCUUCCUCGCCUCUCUGUACAUCAUGAUGACACUCACCAACUGGUACAGCCCUGAUGCAGAUUUCAAAACCAUGACAAGUAAAUGGCCAGCCGUGUGGGUGAAGAUUACCUCCAGCUGGGUUUGUCUGCUUCUCUAUCUUUGGACCUUAGUGGCUCCUCUUGUCCUUACUAAUAGAGACUUCAAUUAAGUUCCUGCACCCGUCUGAGCUUACAAAAGUGGGGAACUCUUUGCUGACAGCCAAAAUGUUCAUUUAUUGCUUUAGUUACUGUUUCUUAUGUUGGUAUUAAAAUGCAGUUGGAUAGACAGUUAUAUAUUGCAUAAUGCUUGAUGCAGCAUCAAAAUUAUCAGUUAUCUUUCUAUUUUAACCUUUACCAGGGUUAUCUUAUUACUGCAUUUUUAAAAUUCACUACAGCUUUGCUGUCAAAGCACAAAAUAAAUUACCAAUUCUGUCCAAAAGCCACAACCUUCUACUGAAUAGAAGUUAACAUUUAGUUAAAUAUGAAGUAAUAUAUUUUAAAGAGCAAUUAUAAUCAGCAUAAUGCACUACUCUGCUCAUGCUUCAGUUUCUGGAAGUGUAAGCCAUGCUGCUUGAUUUCUACAUUCCACUGCUAAAGUUUAUUUACAGUAAGUUUAUUUAAAUUACUUAACUUUGUGUUGUGGCAAAAAGCACCCUUAUUUCUCACCAAAAAAACAGCUCUGAAGUUGAAAAACUGGUUAACUCUUAAUUCUUUUAAGACAAACUUGCCCAUUUUAAGAGGCAGUUUCUAUGGUAACUUCAUUUUUAGGAUGUUUGCCAAAUAGAGUGAUAAGUGUAUGAGUAGCUUAAUCAACUUUAUGAUUAUGUUGGAAAAUACAGCUUACUGAUUGAGUGGUUUCAGUUGUCCAGUAUGCUUAAUAAAAGUAACAUACACGGAAUUAUUAUUAUUGGCUCUAAGGCAUUUGCACUGUAAAUUCAUUUGAAUAAAGCAGACUAACUACUGAAA